CCGCCGGUGCAUAUGUAAAAUUCUACCAAUCAAUUUCCUUACAAAAAUAUGUUGCUCAGAAAAUAAACUUUUCUUGCUGAAUGAGAGUAAACCUGAUAAAUUCUGACUUAAAUACCGCAGUAUGGAAAGAGGUUUGAGCUUGGAACGAGUGUCUGACAAUACAAUAUCGAAGGAGGAGUGGUUGAACAGAUUUAACAGUCAUCAAAUUACACGUGCAGAUAUGAACACACUGAUUAUGAAUUAUCUUGUGACAGAAGGCUUCAAAGAAUCUGCAGAGAAGUUCAGGCUGGAAUCCGGUAUACAGCCAUCAGUAGAUCUCAACCAGUUAGAUGACAGGAUCAAAAUCCGGGAAGAAAUACAGAAUGGAAGAAUAGAAAGUGCAAUAUCAUUGGUGAACACCCUGCAACCAGAACUGUUAGACAAUGACAGAUACCUCUACUUCCAUCUACAGCAACAACAUUUAAUAGAACUGAUCAGGCAAGGGAAUGUUGAAGGAGCAUUGGAGUAUGCACAGACACAUUUAGCGGAGAGAGGCGAGGAGAAUCCUGAAAUUUUGUCCGAACUCGAGAGAACCUUAGCCCUUCUAGCUUUUGAAGAGCCGGAAAAAUCACCCUUUGGAGAUCUGCUACACUUAUGUCAAAGACAAAAGGUUGCUAGUGAACUAAAUGCUGCCAUAUUGGAAACAGACUCUACCCCCAAGUUAGCAAAUUUAUUAAAACUGUUGCUGUGGUCACAGGAAGAAUUGGACAAAAAGAAGAUAAAAUAUCCAAAAAUGACCGAUAUUGCUACAGGGACUAUAGAAACACCGAAGGGAUGACUAGCAAUGUUAAAUGAUGUUCUUUCUCAGUAUUGUGAUAGAUUACUGAAUCAACAAACAUCUUAAAUGAGAAUCGUUAGGAUAAAAACUUCCAUCUAGUGUAUUUUUAGAGGUUUUGUUAAUGAUACUAAUAUUUUAUGUCAAGAAAAUAUACUAAGUAUAUCUUCUUGUGGGUUUAAGGACUUUUUGAGGAACUAAUGAAGUAAGUGUUCCCAAAAUGUAAUCAGAUAAUGACAAUAAUAAAUGAUUUAAAUGUUUGUUAACUUGUUUUGCAGAGGGGUCAUAUUAUAGUGAGUGAAUUUCUAAAAAUAGGAUUUUUGCCUCAGAACAGUGGAACAAAGUGUUUGCUUCCAAAUCUGUGUCUCGCUGUAUGUCUACUGUGGAGGCAAAUAUAUUCAGAUUGUUUUAUUGUGACCAUUUUUAUAGAUGUCAAGUCGCUUAAUUUGUGAAUAAGAAAAUGUAUUUAAGAAACGUAUCUAGAUUUAGUUGAUAACAUUUGGUGUAAUGUGUGUGGAAGCCAGAGGCCUCCAUGUGUAAUUUUAAACAUAAUGGUGUAUUUUAUACCCAAAUGCUAAUAUUUUACACUGUAAUUCAAAUCUUGUUUCCUCUUAUGUCACAAUGUUUCAUUUGAUAAAAUGUUGCAUAUCUUUGAAGUUAUAAGUAUCUGACACAGCAAAACUGACAACUUGCAGAAGUUAUUGGAAAGUUUUAACUUGCAUCACAUUGCACUAUUUCUAUGUGCAGCUUGAAGGAAAAUGCACUUACAGUUGUUUGUAUUUUAUAUGACGAUGUGAUGUGUGUUUACCAACCACUGUGACCUCUGGAAUAUCAUACCUUUAGGAUCAAUAGAUUUCUUUAGAAUUGAAAUGCAGUACCUGUAUACAGAAGAAGGAAACAAAUAAAUUUUAAACAUUAAUUCCUUUCUCAUAACUGCAACUGCAUUCUUUAUCACAUUUGGACGAAUUGAAUUGGUAAACAGAACAUUGUAACAGUUGUGUAUGUUUGAGUACUGUAGAUGAGAGAGCAUUUGAUAAUAGCUUAAUAUUUGAUGGUCAGUUUGCCAUAGUGUAUUCAUGUCUUUGCUGUUUAAAAAUUUACUUUCUUAAUGUAACAGCACCUGUAUCUCCAUAUUAUUGUGAUUGUUUCUCAGUGUGAUGAUUUUUAUAUUGAGGAGUAAAACAUUGUAUGCAUUUCUGUACAAAAUUUCUCAUUGUUGUUGUUUUCAUUAUUUGUAUUCAUUUGUAUUUAAUUUCAAUGGAAUGUAUAUAAUAUGCAAUUUACAAAGACUAUUGUUUUUACA